UAAUAUACCAAGUCCUGUAUAUAUAUGACAGGAAAAUCAUCCCUCUCCAUACUUUUAUAUUGCAGUCAUCAAAACAAUCAUGUUAACGAAAAUAAUUUUAAUUGUUUCCCUUUGUACUGUGAACGCGUUGUUAGUUAACGGUUCUGCUGUUGGUCAUAAUGACGCAGAAGAAACCAAAGUUGGGCUCGAGAAAUGCAUCUACUCGAACUGUGUCUCAUUUUGCAAUAGUAUAGGUUAUAUAUUUGGUAAUUGCAUUGGAAAUUCCUGCAUAUGCACUUUUCCUAAGGAGGAAAGCAGACUAGAAGAUGUAAACAGCGCCUCUAUUCGUUUGGACUCCUGCGUGGGAACUCGUUGCAGCCAACUGUGCCGGCGACUUGGUAUCAAUGGAGGAGUCUGUGUCGGGGAUGAUUGUGAAUGCCGUCACGGACUCCACUCGAAAGAUGCGGAGCGAAAAUUUCCCGAAUGUAAUGCCUUAAGCUGCAACGAUAUGUGUAAAAACAAUGCAAUGGGCACUGGCCAUUGUUUAAGCGAUCGCUGCUUCUGCAACAAAAAGGAAGAGAAAUUAGGCAAUUUGCAAACGUGCGAUCCGAAAAAGUGCAACGACAUUUGUCGCCGGCUCGGCUUCCACAGCGGCGACUGUUUGGGGGACAAAUGCAAUUGUCACGUUUCAUUGCACGGUAAGGGUGACAGUUGCAAUCCUUUAAACUGUGAUCAACUUUGUCGACGCCUGGGAUUCACAGGCGACGUUUGUGUUGGAAAUAAAUGCAAAUGUGACAUUUUACUGCAAAAUCAAGAAACCAUACACUAUUCAAAGCAAGAAAAAGAAAACUGUCUUAAUACAAGUUGUGAUCAAUCUUGUCGACACUUGGGCUUCUUUAACGGGAUGUGUGUGGACAAGAAAUGCAAGUGCGAUACAACAUCUUCGAUAGAUACAGUUCCAUAGAUCAUGACUGACAGUAAUAACCUAUGGAAUCGAAGCAUGGUUACUCAUAUGCAAAAGCUUCAAGUUACUCAGCGAGUUAUGAAGAGGGUUAAGCUCGAAGUUUCUUUGCGAGACAGAAACCAAAAUGAAGAUAUCUGCAAAAGAACUGACAUAGAAGGAUAAGCAAGCUGAAGUGGCAAGCAGCUGAUUACAUAGCUCAAAGAAACGACAACAGAUAGAGAAAUAAGGUAUUUGAGUGGCAACCCCGUACGGGCAAACAGUGUAGACCUCAUAUGAUAAUGAAUAACUAAAAAGAUGGAAAUGGAAUUUAAAAUUUACUGUAGCAAUAAUUAUAGCAAAUUAGAGUAGUUGCAAUUUUGAAUGCAAAGAAAUAUAUCUAUGGGCUAUAAAUUAUAUUUGAACUUGAGUAAAGGUCGUAAUACCUUUACUCAAGUAUGUAUUGCUUGCUGUAAUAGCUGCCGAAACUACCGAUAUAUGAAUUCACAAUUCGCCUAUUAUUGUAUGUCAUGUCUCGUAAAUUUAUUCUGAGUCAAUUUUUAUCUUUUCCAAUCAA